AUGUUGACAACAUUUAUGUUUCCAACUGUUGACAAAUCAACAAAAGUUGCCAACAUUUGUUUCCGAAAAUGUUCCAAGAAGCGUCUCCACCGAAGGAACAAAUGUUGGCAACAAGUGUAUUCCUUUGGUGUUGGCGCCGAAAAUGGAAAAACGGUUCCCAAUAUUGUUUCAAGUUUUGUUGCCAACACUAGAUCACCUCGUGAGUCAUUUAAACAAGUCGUCGUGCAAGCCCAUGUGCAUGAGACUACUUUACGACAAGACAAGGCUUUACGGUGGAAAAAUUUACUUUUAGAAAACGAUCCUUGCGAUCAGACUGGCCCCGGAGACAUAUCAACUCAAACUUAUUGGGAUAUCAUCGAAUCAGACGUUGAUUUUGCUCGUUACACGCCGAUUUCGGCCACGCAGGAAGAAUCGAUAUCAACCACACAAGAAUAUAACAAAUCCAGUGCCUCAGAACCCGAUUCAAAUAAAUACAAUUUUUCUUUUGAAACCGACAAUUGUGAUAACAGUGAUUGUGCGAAUUUAGAAGGAAAUAGAAUAGUGAAUAUUGCUUAUCUAUUCAAUUGA